AUGGAGCAGGGCGAACAAUUCAGAAGACAGAUUUCCCUGUGGGGAACGACGCACCAGGAGAUCCUGAUGAGCAGCUCUGUGUGCCUACUCGGGAGCAGCCUCACCAUCAUGGAAGUCGCAAAGGGGUUGAUGCUGAGCGGCAUAAGGAAUAUCACCAUUGUAGACAAUGCAUGUGUAACCACAGAGGACGUAAAAUAUUACAUUUUCUCCAAAGGGUAUGAAAUAAUAAAUGAGUAUAGAUGCAAAGUGGUCAAAGAAAAUUUGAUGAAAAUGAAUCAGAUAGCAAAUAUUACAUGCCUAGUGAAAGACCCACUAAAAUACAUGAACGAGGUGGAUUCUAAUGGGGACACAUACGAUGUGAUUAUCUGUGACUUGUCUGUAAAGAACAAUUUGUCUGUUGAAAGAAUGUGUAGAAGGAAAUGCAGAAUAAUUAUAACGUGCCAUGCGGCUGGGUACUUAGGUUAUGUACAUGCUAGUGUGGGAGGGCACCUAUAUAUGCAGACCUGUGGAAAAAAAAGCAGAGAAAAAUCCGAGUGGGGGGUUUAUACUCACUUGUCCCUGUCUCUGUAUGAUGAGCUGAAGGAAUACGUACGUGGCGUGCAUUACAGUGACCUUCGGGGGCGCGGGUGGAGGGACAAAAUUGUGUUUUUGGCCAAGUGCUACCAGGACUUUCGCGCAAGGGGGGGCGGCAGUGGAGAAGGCGGCAGUGGAGAAGGCGGCAGUGGAGAAGGCGGCAGUGGAGAAGGCGGCAGUGGAGAAGGCGCAGGUGGAGAAGGCGGCAGCGAAAAACGCGGAAGCAGAAGACGCUGCAGCGGAAGCCAUUGGGACAGUAGCAGCCAUAUAUGCCGUCACAGCUACUGUGAGUGUGACAACCGAAACGAUUGUGAUCGCCCCUUUUUAACCUUCGUGACUGAAAAACUAAAGUUAAAAGGUGCCCCCCGCUUCCCCCCCCCGGACGGAACAUCGUGCACGAUGCUCAACCCAAGGAACGUCACUCACAGGAUUAAGGAGGCCCUUCUUCGAAACCGAACGGACGGGUCCACGCACAACCACAUAUUUAUAUUCCUAGUCGUUUUAAAGAGCUUUAUAAAAUAUCGAAAGGAGUUACCCCUCCUGCUGGAGAUGAAAAAUGAGCACCUUGAUGAUGGUGGGAUCACCAAUUGUCUGGAGAAAAUUUUGCUAAACAGAAAAGUGAAGGACGAAAAACAAAUCGAGAGACUUAUCGAGAGGAAGAAACGAAAAUAUAGAUUUAGGAAACCAUUUUCUCUGUCCCACUUUGUGUAUUUUUUCUGGAACUUUCUUUUCAUUCGAAGGGUGGAGCAUCGGAGUGGUACGUGGGGCAGCAGCGGGGGGGGUAGCAGCAAGGGGGGAAGCAGCAAGGAGGACAAUAUCAAGCGGGACGACAGCAAGCAGAGCAACUACCUCAGGGACAACUGCCUGGGGGAGCACUUCCUCGAAUUUGCCUUUCUCUACGGUUUGGGAUUGAAGCCCAUUCGAGAAGGUUACCUGACCGUGUGCGGACGGGAAGGAACAACCCCCCUUCCAUUUUACUCUCAUUAUUUAAAACAGAAGACGAGGGGAAGUUUCCUCCUGUGCGGCAGACACAAGAACCUCCUACAUUUUGGUGAAAGAGCCCCGAAUGGGGACAUUAAAAAGGAAUCAAAUAAGCGUGUUGAGUUAUACGCGCCACAUGAUGAGAGAGAUACACACAUGGAUGGGUACGACGAUGCGAAGGGGAUGCAUUUUUUACCCUCCUAUGUAGAUUCACACACAGACGUUUUCUUCAACACGGUGCGGAAAGUGGAGAACACAUUCCACCGAUUGGUCUGCGACAUGGGGGGUGGUAGCGUGUGUGCGAAGAUGGUCAUUGCGGGUUUGGUUACGCAGGAGGGAGUUAAAAUAUGCUCUCUCUACAUGGAGCCGCAGUCGAGUUAUUUUUUCUUCACCGCGGGGAGGCGGCGCGGCGGUGUAGGAUAG